AUGAAAUCAGAAUACCUAGCUGCCGCUGGGCUUGCGGGCGGCCGAGUUCUCGCUAACUCAGAGAUACCACAGCCUGAGAUGCAAGAAAUCACAAACUUUUGUAAGAUGGACAAGGACUCACUGGUAGGAUCGAGCUGUGAUGUAACGUUUAAAGAAAUUAAUGAUAUCAACCACAAGAUACGGCCUGACCUGCUUUCUUUAGUUCACAGCGAUUUCUUCAAGUACUUCAAACUGGACUUGUACAAAGAAUGUCCAUUUUGGAAUGACAAUAAUGGAUACUGUGUGAAUCGCGCAUGUGCUGUUGACGUUGUUGAGGAUUGGGACCAGCUGCCUGCGUACUGGCAACCGGAGGUUUUGGGUAGCCUGACGAACGAAAGUUUAAGCGCCGAUCAAGCGCGCGACGACGAAUGUUCAUUUCUGGAUCAAUUGUGUGAUAAUUCCCGAGCUAAACUAAGUCGGCAAGGCCCUGACAUUGAGUACUGCGACAUCGAAGAUUUCCAUAACGAUCAGUCAGUGCUAGUGGACCUCACUGCCAACCCAGAACGUUUUACUGGAUAUGGUGGUGAGCAGUCCUCUCAGAUUUGGUCGAGUAUCUACCGCGAAAAUUGCUUUACAUUGAACGAAACUGGUCAAUGCCUAGCCAAAGAUGCCUUCUACAGAUUGGUGUCAGGAUUGCAUGCUUCUAUUGGAACUCAUCUUUCAAACGACCAUUUGAAUACAGAGACUGCAAAAUGGGGCCCUAACCUGGAACUUUUCAUGGCUCGUGUGGGAAACUUCCCGGAGCGCGUUGCUAAUAUAUACUUCAACUAUGCCGUCGUCGCAAAAGCGCUAUGGAAAAUUCAGCCUUAUUUGUCACAUUUGGAGUUCUGCAAUGCCUACCACGAGGACGUAAAGUCCAUGAUUACCAGUGUAGUCUCCAACUUGGAUUCGAAGAUUUUCAACGAGGACGUUUUAUUCCACGACGAUAUCAGCUCAAAGUUAAAGAACGACUUCAGAUCAAGAUUUAAGAAUGUGACAAAGAUCAUGGAUUGUGUUCAUUGUGAUAGAUGCAGACUAUGGGGCAAAGUGCAAACGACUGGUUAUGCCACAAGUUUAAAGAUUCUCUUUGAGAUCGAUACUGAUGAUGAAGAAGCCAAGCAAACUGUUGUUGAUAAGCUAACAAAAUAUGAGCUCAUCGCAUUGUUCAACACUUUUGACAGACUCUCCAAAAGUAUAGAGUCUAUUAACAAUUUCGAGAAAAUGUACAACGAUAAACUUUUAACCGCUGGAGAUAGAAUUUUGGCUCUAUUCAAAGCUAACAAUUUUUUUAGAAUCUUAGGGAAUGCUGGAAAGAGCAUCAGUUCUUCGUUCAUCAAUAGGUCAAAUGAUUCGUCGGCACCUAACAUCGACGUAUUGGAAGGACUGAAAGAUAUGAAUAUAUCUGAAGCGAUUGGCUUGAAUGAUGAGAUGAACGUCUCUGAAGCUAUGGGCUUGAAUGAUGAGAAGAACGUUUCUGAAACAGGUGAUGUAAACGAAGUUUCUGAUGCUUCAAAUAUAGAAUCCAUCCAAGCCCCCGAAACUAAGGCACCUGAGCCCAAGUUCCAGGAUGUUAAAUUGCCACCACCCAAAAAGGUGCCCACUAAACCUGUUGAGAACGAAAAUAGCAUAAGCAAGGCGUGGCACACCGAGAUCGACAAUGUGAAAUCUGCCCUUGUGUUUAUUUUCAAAAGCUACUUCGGUCUACCAAGGAAUUUGGCAAGAAUGGCUUUGUACAAGUUAAACAGCUUGUGGAAUUCUUUUGUGGGGGUGCCAAGCUACGUCAACGACCAAGACCACAGUCCCGCAACGUAUCAGUUGACUAUUCAGUGA